AUGCCUUUAACGAGAAAUCAAAUGAAGGGUGAAGACGAAUUGCAUUCAAUUGUUACAAAUCUUGUGAUUAAAUUAUGUACUUAUGAUGAUUUCAUUAGUCAAAAGAAUCAUGCAAUCAAUGAAAAGCUGCAGAAGCAGGAAGAUAUUAUUAAAAAUUUAGUUAAACAACAAAAUAAGCAGGAAGGUGUUGGAAGAAGUAGAAAUAUAAGAGUAUACGGUGUUACAGAAUCUACAGAAAAUGAAAGUGUCAGUAAAAUGAUGGCAGAUAUUUUCAAUAAACAAAUUAAACUUAAGCUGGAGGAUCAUAGUGUGGAGUUCUGCUACCGACUAGGCAAAAAGAAAACAACUAAAAAUAGACCGAUAAUGGUUAUAUUCUCUACAAUUUAUUACAAAAAUUUAGUAUAUAAUAACAAGAAAUUUCUAAAAUCCACCAAGAUUGUAAAAAAGAAGACCUGACCAAGGACC